UUGCAAAACAAAAAAGUUGCAAACAUUUUGUUUACGUGUAGUUUUGUAAGAUAUUUUUUAAUAAACAAAAUCACAAUAUAAAAGCAGAUUUUUGUAUCUCAGCAGGCAUACAGUGUUCAGUUCUAUUAUAAAACGGUUUAACAGUUUUUAAAAGUUAAUAUGAAGGUUCUAAUCUUUAUUUUCCUGGCAACCGCCGCUGUUCAGGCAUUAAAUGAUAAAGAAGAAUGGGUGCAAUUUAAGGUUAAAAAUAACAAAAGUUACAGAAGCUAUGUUGAAGAACAAACACGAUUCAGAAUUUUUCAAGAAAAUCUGAGAAAAAUCGAAAAUCACAAUGAAAAAUAUAACAAUGGAGAGUCUACUUUUAAGUUUGGUGUUACCAAAUUUGCAGACCUAACUGAAAAAGAAUUUCUGGACCUGUUGGUGCUAUCUAAAAAUGCAAGGCCUAAUAGAACUCAUGCUACACAUUUGCUAGCCCCACUAAGAGAUCUACCAUCAGCAUUAGAUUGGAGAGACAAGGGAGCUGUAACUGAGGUAAAAGAUCAAGGAAUGUGUGGCUCUUGUUGGACCUUUAGUACAACUGGGUCAGUAGAAGGAGCUCAUUUUCUUAAAACUGGAAAUCUGGUAUCCUUAAGUGAACAAAAUCUAGUAGAUUGCGCAAAAGACACUUGCUAUGGGUGUGGAGGUGGCUGGAUGGACAAAGCUCUGGAAUAUAUCGAAAAAGGAGGAAUAAUGUCUGAGAAGGAUUAUCCUUACGAAGGCGUGGAUGACAACUGUAGAUUUGAUAUUUCCAAAGUAGCUGCCAAGAUCAGUAACUUUAUUUAUAUUAAGAAAAACGAUGAAGAAGAUCUUAAAAACGCAGUUGCUGCAAAAGGUCCCAUAUCAGUAGCUAUUGAUGCUUCUGCUACAUUCCAGCUUUAUGUAUCAGGAAUACUUGAUGAUACGGAGUGCUCUAAUGAAUUUGACUCAUUGAAUCAUGGUGUACUAGUUGUUGGAUAUGGCACAGAAAAGGGAAAAGACUACUGGAUCGUCAAAAACUCCUGGGGAGUAAACUGGGGAAUGGAUGGAUAUAUUCGGAUGAGCCGAAACAAGAAUAACCAAUGUGGUAUUACUACUGACGGCGUAUAUCCUACUAUUUAAAGUCAUAUAUUUUUUUAGAAUUUUUUGUUUCUGUUAAGUAGUGUAAUGAUUUUGUUUUGUUUUUAACUAAUCCUUAAGCGAUUAGGUUAUUUUUAAAUUAAAAUAAAGUGGAUAUUACGUCAAAAA